AUGAUCCAUCACUUAUUCCCCAUUAUUGCAAUUUUCCUAAAUUUAAUAAAACUUAUUUGUUUAGCUUUUAAUAGAGAACGUGUUUGGAUGAAAAUUUCUGUUUUUUAUGUCCUUGGUGACAAUAAAGCCCGUGUUGUUUUAACGAGUCUUGUUUUGAAUACCGAAUAUAGUAAGUCGUUUCGCACUACAUUACCCAUCAUGCUCCACUGCUGUCAAUGCGGAAGUGUAGCAAAAAAGCGGCACGUCACAUUUGUUGUCAUACAGCGUGAUUUGGUUUCACGGCGGACUUGCAAACUUUGGCAACAAGUCAUGGCAGGAAAGACUCAUUUUCUUAGCGAGUCCGUCGUUAUUCGAAGCCUCAGACGCUUUCGUGACCUUUAUUUACCUUCCGGUGUGAAAGAGGAUGUUUUGGACAGCGGAGAAGAAGGACCGGGCUUUCUGGACUGUUUACCUGUGGACAUUCAGUUUCACAUUAUGACCUUCUUGUCACCUGUGGAUAUCUGCCGCCUGGGAGCAACCAGCCAUUAUUGGAGGGCCUUGGUUAGAGAUCCACUGCUGUGGCGGUUCUUUCUCCUCCGGGACAUGCCCUCCUGGAGCUCCAUCGAUCACUUAUCAAUGCCCCGAUUGGAGGUGCUGGAUACCCCGCUUGUCUUUGAUGGUGCAGAAGAGGGCAUGAGAUCAAAUGUUGACAUCAUGGCAGAAUAUCUGAAAGGAUGCCCCUUGUGCAGACAGAAGUGGCUUCCUUCUCGUCCUCCUUAUCAAAUGUUGUCGUCCUUCCUGCAGUCUCUGGUGCCUUCGGAUGAACCCCGCUACGCCAUGUUUGGUCCUGGCAUGGAGCAACUGGAUGUCUCUUUGGUCACAAGGCUCAUGCACACCCCUGAUAUUUUACCUGUGUCAGGCAUCCCGACCAGACAGAUCAAUGGAAUCGGCUCAGGGAUCAGUUACAUGUUCAACAACCAGCACAAGUUCAACAUCCUAACGCUUUACUCGACGAACAAGGCAGAUAGGGAACGAGCCAGAGUACAGAAGCAGUACAUGAGCAGUAAACUGUUCACCUUAGUAGGAAGCGAUAGCUCAGGUCAGCCAGUCUAUAGGCCGGCCCCUCAGGUGCAGCAGGUGUGCCAGGUCGUUGAGGGGUUCAUCUAUGUAGCCAAUGCUGAGCCAGGAAGAGGUGAAGGAGUAUCCGAGGUGGCUCAGAUCCGCGCCGUGCUGAGCUCCGCAACCAAGCCCCUGCUGGUGCUCUCAUGUGUGGCCACAGAUGAAAUGCAACCUGGUGUCAGCCGGACCAGGAUCCCGUGCGUCGAUAUGGCAAAGAGACUGGGUCUUCCCAAACUGGCUAAUCCCUGGAUGGUGCAGGACACAGUUGCUGAAUCCCUGUCAGGUCUUCUGGAUGGAAUUUCUUGGCUGCUGAGAUGCUCUGGGGUCCAAGUUUAUGAUAGGUAGUUUUCAAGUAAUGUACUGCGGACUUAUUAAAGCACAAUGUGGCAUUCUUUAAAUAAUCAACAGUAAUGGUAACCAAUCCCUGUAUUGAGGGGUCAUUUUUACUCCAUUGUUUGUUAACUAUCUUUUAAUGGAAAUUAGAAAAUAUUGCAUAGUUCUAUAUGCAUCUAUAUAUAACAAUCAUUUAAUGGAAAUUAGAGAAUAUUGCAUAGUUUUAGUUAAAUUAUAGGUCAAUGGGAACUGCACUUUUUUUGGAAUUUUGCCAAUCAUUCACAGUCCUUAUGUAAGACAAGCACACAUAUGUUUUACUGUUUUUUAUGCAUUGUAACUUGUAAAUAAAUGCGAUCAAAAGUCCGCUUACAAUGGAGCUUUUGGGAGUCACUCUAUUCUGCCUAUAAAGCGCUUAGAAAACAUCCUAACUAGAGAUGUCCGAUAAUGGCUUUUUUGCCGAUAUUCCAAUAUUGUCCAACUCUUAAUUACCGAUUCCGAUAUCAACGGAUACCGAUAUAUACAGUCGUGGAAUCAACACAUUAUUAUGCCUAAUUUUGUUGUGAUGCCCCGCUGGAUGCAUUAAACAAUGUAACUUAACCAUGAAUUGAUUAACGUGGACCCCGACUUAAACAAGUUUAAAAACUUAUUCGGGUGUUACCAUUUAGUGGUCAAUUGUACGGAAUAUGUACUGUACUGUGCAAUCUAAUACAAGUUUCAAUCAAUCAAUCAAAAGCAAGGUUUUCCAAAAUAAGAGAACAACUUCAACUCCAGUUAUGGAAAAAAGUGCCAACAUGGCACUGCCAUAUUUAUUAUUGAAGUCACAAAGUGCUUUUUUUUUUUUAACAUGCCUCAAAACAGCAGCUUGGAAUUUGGGACAUGCUCUCUCUGAGAUAAUCCUGAUACCCAUUACAACUAUAGGAAAUACUAUACUUUGACUUUCACAAAGUGCAUUAUUUUUUAUUUUUUUUAAACAUGCCUCAAAACAACAGCUUCAGUCCAGAGUAUUCUAGAGCAUACUUGCCAACCUUGAGACCUCCGAACUCGGGAGAUGGGGGCGGGGGGGGCUAGCGCCCCGGAAGAGUUAGUGCUGCAAGGGGUUCUGGGUAUUUGCUCUGUUGUGUUUAUGUUGUGUUACGGUGCGGAUGUUCUCCCAAAAUGUCGGCAGUCCGAUAUUAUCGGACAUCCCUAAUCCUAACACUUCCAUCAAGGUUUACAUGUUGUAAGUAUAGUGUAUAUGUAAUGUAGUUAAGGCACAUUUAUAAUAUUUAAUAUUUACGUAUUUUGCGCAUUAAUUUCAAAAACGUAUCACGACGUUUGCGUUUUCCCUUGACAACAUCACUGAUUACUACUCACUGCAGACUUCAUGAGAGCCAACAAACAUAAUAAAAAACAUCACUUAAUGUACAAUGUCUGCUGUUCCUUGGAUGCCGACCGUUAGGAUGUUCAUAUAUUUCCGUUAUGAUGAAGAAUGACCCAUAAUCUUCGCGAAGAAAAAAGGGGGGAGGGAAUUUCUGGGUUUUAGUUGGAUGCCAAUGUUGACCGACUUGUCGGAUUAUGUCCUCAUCCUUCUACUACCGAUUUGAGAGGCAUUAUUUAUGAUGUAGAAUAAACUUUCACAAGCUCAGAGGCGAGGAAGCAGCUCAGCAGCCGAUAAUGUCAAAAGCAGCACAAGCUAGUUAGCUCUGUGAUCACAACGCCACUAUAGUUUGUCUGCAGUAGCGCUUAUAAUAACAAUAUUACUAAUACUUGGUUAAUAUUCAGGUAGCGAAAUAUUAAUGGAGUAUAGUUGGUGGUUUUUGGAUGGUUAUUUAGAGGGGUUUAUGGGCGCAGUAGAGGACCUUCCAUUGACUCCAUUGUGAGCAGGCAUUUAUUUACGUUUAUUUACAAGUUGUGCAUUAAAAAAUAAAUACAUCUGUCUUCUUGUAUCAUAAUGAUUGUGAGCAAUAAGCAAAAUUCCAAAAAAAGGGCAGCUCAGAGCUACAAGUUAUGGAUUUUGGUGAGUUUAUUGUCCAUUUCACAAGGUACUGUAUACUGUAAGUGGUUCCCAGGUUAGUUUUUAUUGGCCCGCAGAACAUCACAGUAAUAUUUCUUAGCGGGCUGUUUUAUUGAUGAUCAAGUAGGCACAGACAGAUUUUAUUUGCCAAAGUAUCCAUCCAUCCAUUUUCUACCGCUUGUCCCUUUUGGGGUGGCGGGGGAUGCUGGAGCCUAUCUCAGCUGCAUUCGGUUGGAAGGUGGGGUACACCCAAAGUAAUUUACUUAAAAACAAUACAACUAGGCAAUAAAUAAAGUAAAAACACAUUUUGUACCAAAUUUAAAGGAAUGUAGUGGCAUUUAAAUAUUUAAAUUUGUGUAACAUAAUCUUGAAAAAAAACCUAUUUUGAAAUCAUUAAAUUAAUUGUUUUUUUACCGAUAUAUUUUUUCCAAGACAGAGUUUAUACAUUCCAUGACCUUUUCUUUUUAUUAUUAUUUAGUGAUAUUUACAUUCAUUUACUGGCUGUUUGAGUGGAUGUUUUGAUCCAUGAAAUAAUUGAAAACUUGAUGACCCUGUUUUUUUUGCAGCAUAAACCAUUUGAGUCAAUCCAAAUGAGAGGUUCUGGAAACACAGUGCUGUGAUUAUGUGCUUAUGCUACAUAAACAAGCCAUUUUUCCGUUCAAAGUUCACAAUUUAUUUUCACCAUCCCGCCAGUCCCUAUCAUUGAAGUGCUUUUGUCCUCGUUACCUAGGGAACCGCAAAUAAUCUGGUAAAAGUACCAACCUGUUUAUCAAAAUGUUUCCCAGCCGCCAAAAUGAUUUUUAUGGAUGUGCAGGUUUGUGAAAAUAGAGCUGUAAUUGAUGCAAUUUAUGUGCAUUAAGGCUGUUGUGUUUGGUUUUUAGAUCAAUUUUAAAGAGAUAUAAUGGAGAUGUCGAUACUCGUGUGUAUGUGUGUGAAGAAUGAAACAGAACUACCUGUUAGUGAGGUGUGCGUCUGGGGGAAAAAAACAGUGGAUGCUGCUUUAUUAAAUCGUGGAAGAUGCCAAAAGCCCUACAUUUUUGGAAAAAUAUGCCUUAAAAGUCAAACAAAACCAUUAUCACCAUUUGUGACAAGUCAGCAAAUCUUAUGAGACCUCUUCUAGAUGAUCGUGCUUUCUCUAGGUUUUUGUUGUCUUGAGGGCCCAACUACUGAUGGGCACCAAAGAUGGAAAUGUGUGAUGAUAACCAUAGAACCAAAAUGGAUAGUAUGAGAAAUAAUGUACAAUCAGUUUGAUAAAUUAAUUCUCAGAUGCUAACGUAAUUAACAUGCAAUUGAUUGGGAGAGUAGUUUUACUUCAGUGUUUAAACAGCUUGAUCGUUAUACCAGUAUGACAGGAAAAUAUGUUAAAAUGUUAUUUCAAAUAUAAAACAUUGUUGGUUUUAUGUGAUGCAAACCACUAUGGCCUCUGUGAUGUCAAAGAGGAAAAGAAUGACGAUAACCAUAGAACCAUAAAUAUCUGGGAUUUCAAUAUAGGAAAUGAUCUGGCUGCUCAAUACAAUACGAACAAUACAUAAAAUAAAUAGCAUAUUGUCAAGACUUGGACUGUGGCGAGGUAUGUUUUCCCAUGGUGCAAAUGAUUUGGACCGGACAUGGCGUGAAGUUAAAUACAUAUUUAAUUUUAACACUCAAAAAAAGAACAAACAAAAGGCGCUCACAGUGGAGGCACAAAACUUAACGCAGGGAACAAAAACUUGGACUAUGCAUAACUAUGAACAUGGCAAAACAAAAGACACUAACUGUGGCAUAAAUAAACACAACUUGCUUGCGUAAGCAAAGAGCAGCAUGAAUAGGAUGUCGCCAGGCCCACCAAGAGAAAAUGACAGGCUUAAGUAGUCAUGGGGUGAUUGAAAACAGGUGCGUGAGUUCAAAUGAAUCAGGUGCGUGAGUCGUGAGGACAGGUGAACUGAUUGGUAGUCAUGGAAACAAAACAGGGAGUGAAAAAACCGACUGACAGAGUGCAAAAACCAAACAGAACAUAGCCAAACUAAACAUGAUCACCAAGACAUGACACAUAUGAAUACACACAUUAAUUUUACUUAGCAGAUGCUCGCGUAAAUAGCAGGGGACUCAGUCGGGUAUACAGUUAUAAUGAUUUUUGUCUUUUUUGACUUAAAAUUUUUUGUUACAAUGUUGGAUACUCGUGUUGAAGGGGAACUACACUUUUUUUUGGAAUUUUGCUUAUCGUUCACAAUCAUGAAAGACACGAAGAUGGAUGUAUUUUUUUAAUGCAUUCUAACCCGUAAAUAAAAGUCUGCUUACAACGGAAACAAUGGGAGGUCCUUUUUUCCGCCUAUUAAAUCCAAUUAAAAAAAACAUCCCAACAGCGCCAACAAUACUCCAUUUGCAUUUUGUGACUUGAAUAUUAACCAAGUACAUACUAUUUAUAGCGGUGCUGUGAUCACAAGCUUGUGUGCCUAUAUUGACCAUAUCGAGUGGUCAGCUGCUUUCACACGUUCCUACUGGUGGAUGUUUAUCGUAGAUCAUAAAUCAUGCCUCUCACCUUGAAAGUUAGCAUACUUUGUGAGCCAAUAUAGACCGGGGAAUGGCAAAAAUCACACGAAAAGACGCUUCGUUAUGAGUAAUUUUUCAUCUAACCUGGAAUAUAACAAGAUUGCAUGAGUCUGCAUCCUUAUGACAGCAGACAUUGCACAGUAAGUGAUGUUUUAAUUGUGUUUGUUGGCUCUCAUGAAGUCUGCAGUAAGUGUUAUUCAGUGAUGUAGAAAAAGCGAAUGUGGUGAUGCGUUUUUGACAUAAAUGUGCCUCGUAUUCCUUAACUUAAAGUACCAAUGGAGUGGAAAAACAAGUUGACUUUAUAUGCUUAGUUGUGUCUUAUUUGUUGUGGUUACAGAGGGGAGAUAACGGCAAAGACACCAGGGGGAAGUAAUGUACAAUAAUUUAUUAUAUAUAUAGUCAAUAUAUAGAUAUAUACUGUAUAUAAUAAUACUAAACAGUACUAACAAUAACUAAACUAAGGAAAUGGAUUGUGACAAAACCCAGGAGUGUGUGUGUGUGUGUGUGUGUGUGUGUGUGUGUGUGUGUGUGUGUGUGUGUGUGUGGCUAUGUGUAAGGUUAACUGAGUGUGUGUUACCAAGUGUUGAUGAGAGUGAAGGAACGAGGCAGUCCGUAGUCCACAGGGGAAAACAACGGAAGAAUCACCAAGGGCAAAACUCGGGAGGACAAACAAGGACGUUAGGCACGGAGGAAAAACGCAGAUAGAAAACAGAGAGAGCAUCAAGCUAGAGUAGGCUUACAGUCCACCAUCGAGAACUAAGUUCCCGCCAGGAUCCUUGGGUCCACUGGUCCUUUAUUCAGCUCCCUCUCAUCAGGUCCAGGUGCGCUGAUUGCUGAUCGCCUCCGGCUGCGGCGGCGCGUGCGCCGUAACAUUAUUGUAUCCAUUAAGCCACAUCCAAUUGUAUUUACAAUCCGCAAAGUAUGUGAAAACACCGUAUAAACAUCACAAAAUGCCACAAAUUCAGUCAGCCAUUUUGAAUAUUGCGCUCUGAAUACCUUUGGCUAUUUUCGGAGAUGGUCUCUGACAAUGUUAUCAGAUCAGCCAUACUAAAAAUACGCAAACAUUGGAAAGAGAUGUGCUGUUUAUCAUUCACAAUCCUUAUGUAAGACAAGAACACAUAUGCUUGGCUUUUUGGGGUUUCGUAGCUCGGUUGGUAGAGCGGCCGUGCCAGCAACUUGAAGGUUCGAUCCCCGCUUCUGCCAUCCUAGUCACAGCUGUUGGGUCCUAGGGCACGACACUUCACCCACCUGCUCCCAGUGCCACCCACACAGGUUUAAAUGUAACUUAGAUAAUGGGUUUCACUAUGUAAAGCGCUUUAAGUCACUAGAGAAAAGCGCUAUAUAAAUAUAAUUCACUUCACUUCACACUUAUGCAUUGAAAAUUGUAAAGAAAUAGCCAACAAUUGAGUCAACAGAUCGAGGGUCCUCUUGCGAUCAUACUCUCUCUAAAAAUAUCUAGAAACUGUCAACAAUAUUUCAUUUACAUGUUGUGACCUUAAAAUUAACCAAAUAUGAGUGAUAUUGUUAGUAUAAGCACCAACGCAGACAGACUAUUUUAGUGGCGCAUUGAUAGCAGUGAGCUAAUGCUAUUGUUGACACAUUGAGCCGACAGCUGCUUCUGCUUUGUCUCCAACUUGCUAAAAGUACAUUCUAGAUUAUAAUUCAUGCAGCUCUCACCUGGUAGUAGACAAAUGUGGCCAUGGUCUGACAGGCUGGUUGACUCUCACAUCCCCCGAGAUGCCGAAAUAAACCCCACAGGACGCUUCCUGCAAGAAACAUUUUUAAACCCUUUAUGAGGACUGCGAAUGAAUCUUUAUCUAAACGGAAUUAUGUGAGCGUACGUCGGUCGGCAUCCCAGCGAGAGUGGAAA